AUGAAAGGAGUUGGUUUCCUUGUUCAUAAGAAUAGUGUGAAAUCUGUAUUGGAAUGUACACCAAUAUCAAGUCGAAUCAUCAGUAUCAGACUAGCUGCAAAACCACAAAACAUAUCAAUUAUACAGGUCUACGCCCCAACAAAAGCAUCUGAUGAGGAAAUACUGGAACAAUUCUACAAGGAAUUAGAGGAAAGAAUCAAACAAAUACCAGGGAAAGAUGUCUUAAUAGUUCAAGAAUUCCGUGCUACACUUGGUGGAAAAUUUGCACCAUUACUUUUACUAGAUAACAUACAAGAAAUAUCAACAGAAAUGGAGAAGGCUAUAAAUGGCACGGCAAUGGAUAUGUUGGGUACAUAUAAAAAGGAAAACAUCCUUGGUAACAGCGGAAGUGCUGCAGGCCUAACCUCCAAUCCUAAAGAUGAAAUAAUUGCAGCCAUUAAGAAAUUAAAGAAUAGCAAGUCACCAGGGACAGAUAAUAUCACUGCAGAGCUUCUGAAAGCAGGUGGUGAUCCAGUACCCAGUAUAGUGUCAGUACUUAAAUCACUAUAUGAGCACGCAAAAAACACAGUAUUGAUAGGAGAUAAAUACAGUCCAUGGUUCAAAUCAAAUGUCGGCGUAAGACAAGGGUGCGUCUUAUCACCCACACUCUUCAACAUUUUCCUUGAACAAAUCAUGAUGGACACCUUGGACUCGUUUGACACGUUUAAAAGUGGUGUGAAAAUUGGGGGACAAACAAUAACAAAUCUACGCUUUGCAGAUGACAUAGAUCUUAUUUGCAGCAAUGAAGAAGAUCUUCAACAAUUAACUUUAUUAUUGGAUGUAACAGCAAGGAAAUAUGGCAUGGAAACGGAUACUCCGAACAACAAAACUGCACCUGCUGGGGCCGUCUUGCACGUGGCAUUCUCUGCACCUGUUAGACUAUUAGUGCCAGUCAGGCGAGAGAGUGGAGAUGGGAUUGCACAUCCUUUCUUCACUUUAAAGAUUUAUGUGCUGGUCAGGCAAACAGGCCACCAGGUUGAUAUAGCGGCUUUGAGUGAGACUAGAUUUCCUGGAGAAACACAGCUUGAAGAAGUCGAUGCAGGCUACACUUUCUACUGCAUUGGGCAGCCUAGAGACGCCCCAAGAAUCUCCGGUGUUGGUUUUGCUAUUCGUACCAAGUUUGCAAGAAGCUAG